ACAAAUAAAUAUUGAAAUUCUUUUCUCGACUCGUGUAUCCAUUGCAUUGCUCGGAGGCGAUGGAGUUUAUUCAAAAUCCGCAUAUCGCAGCACAGACAACUCAUCUACAGGAACUCGAUGACAGCAAAGGUAAACAUUUGUUAAUACUAUCCAUUGUCAAUGCAUCGGAGCAGCUCAUAGAGAAUGUCAACAAUAGUUUGAAUGCUCUGAGCAAGGCCCUAGACUACAUGGAGCAGCGCACGGACAACAUUCUUAUUCAGCUGCGUGCUCUACUCGAAUCCAAUCGUGAGCUACGGCACAACAACUGAAGAUGUGUGGAUCAUACUAUAAUGCAAGAAAAACGCUACAAUAAUAUUCUGCAAAAUGUAAACGUUGGAAAUAAACGCACCGAUUUACAUCUGUAGACA